UUCUCGCUCAGUAAUAAUAAUCCACACAGGAGGUGUAACAUGUAUUACUGUGAUUUACAGAAAUAACACUUCAAACGAGCACGAAACUGGGAGAAGUGUAGGAAAUAGCGUGUGGCUGAAUGUGAGAGCGGUAAUAUGUGUUAGUUCAUGGCGCUGAGUGUGAGAGAAAGCAGAGUUAAAGAGGUUCAGUCCGACUUUGCUUCAGUUGGCUGGAGAAAGAUAAACAUGGAUGACGGGGAACAGUUAGGAACUGCUUUGGCUUUAAGGAUUUAAGGCCCUGUCUGCUGUGCUGCCUCUCUCUUAAAUCCUUUCAGCUUUUCACACAGCAUUCAUGCGCUUGAUUCCCAGGCUCUGGAGACGUGACGUGUUCUUGUCAGAGCGACUUGGUGAGACUUCUGCUGUCGCAAUGGUUCCAGGAUCUCCAGCUACAAUGGCACCCGGUGGCCCAAACAUCUCAUGGUUCCCUGAGUCUCCACUGCUAACCCCUGAGCAACCCAUUUUCUUGAUGACAACCACAGCACAGGCCGUGUCGGGCUUCUUUGUGUGGACAGCACUGCUGGUCACCUGCCAUCAGAUCUACAUGCACUUGCGUUAUUACAGCUCUCCAAAAGAACAGCGACACAUUGUGCGGAUCCUCUUCAUUGUGCCCAUCUACGCCUUUGAUUCGUGGCUCAGCCUUCUGUUUUUCACCAACGACCAGUACUAUGUGUAUUUCGACACAGUCAGAGACUGCUACGAGGCAUUUGUCAUUUACAACUUCCUGAGUCUUUGUUAUGAGUACCUGGGUGGUGAGAGUGCCAUCAUGGCUGAGAUCCGAGGAAAGCCCAUCGAGUCCAGCUGUGUGUAUGGAACCUGCUGCCUGUGGGGAAAGACAUAUUCCAUUGGUUUCCUCCGAUUUUGCAAGCAGGCCACACUGCAGUUCUGUGUAGUAAAACCUCUAAUGGCUGUGGUCACUGUUAUCUUACAAGCCUUUGGGAAAUACCGUGAUGGAGACUUCAAUGUGGCCAGUGGUUAUCUGUAUGUGACCAUCAUCUAUAACGUCUCAGUCAGCCUGUCCCUCUAUGCUCUGUUCCUGUUCUACUUUGCUACCCGAGACCUGCUGAGCCCCUACAGCCCCAUGCUGAAAUUUUUCAUGGUCAAAUCUGUCAUCUUUCUGUCUUUCUGGCAAGGUAUGCUGUUGGCCAUCCUCGAGAAAUGUGGUGCUAUUCCGAAGAUCAACUCUGCCGAGGUGUCUGUUGGUGAGGGUACCGUUGCAGCUGGCUAUCAGAACUUUAUCAUCUGCAUUGAGAUGUUUUUUGCGGCUGUAGCUCUGCGCCAUGCUUUUACAUACAAGGUCUACAUGGACAAGAGGCUGGAUUGCCACGGUCGCUCAGCCCCUAUGAAAAGCAUCUCGAGCAGCUUAAAGGAGACCAUCAACCCUGGGGACAUAGUCCAAGACGCUAUUCACAACUUUUCUCCAGCUUAUCAGCAGUACACUCAGCAGUCCACUCUGGAACAGGGGGUCAAAGCACCGCCCAUCUCGCGCAGUCACAGCUCGGUUAGCGCACGGGACAAUGAGAAAACCCUGCUGCUCAGCUCUGAUGACGAGUUUUAAUCGCAGCAUAGUUUUCCUCAUACCUUCGUGGGUAGAGGUACCUUUAAAAGCUUUGUAGGUUCUGUACUGCAGUACUACUAGGGCCACAAUGUUACAGGAUCAUUUAAAGCUAGUCCAGGUUUACUAGUUUACAUGUUAAAAGCUAUAAAGAGUAUUAUAAUUA